ACGUGCCAUCAGUUGUAAACAAAGAUGGCGCCGCGAGUCCCUGACGAAAUUGACGUGUUCACCGCGCCGCACUCCCGCAUGAAGGAGUUGGUCAACAUCUACACCAGGAAGAUGAGCUGCGUGGACUUCCGGGACGUGCCGGAGGUGGUGACGCUGCUGCAGGACCUGGACACCACACUGAGGGAAUUCAAGUCCCAUGAGUCUAUUGAGAAUAUCUUCAUCAUGGACCAGCUCAAGAACCGCCUCAAGCAGCACCAGAUCUCCAACACCGCCGUGUGCGACUGCCACAACGACAACCAGCUGUCUGAUGUGGUGCAGCUGGUGAGGCGCGGCACACAGGUGAGGGAGCGCAGUGUGGGGGAACGCAUCACCUUCGGCCUACAGUUGCAGCAGGCAUUCCAGGCAUUUGUCAACACCUUCCUGCCCCACAUGGAGGAGGAGGAGCAGGUUUUCCAGCCAAUGCUGGUGGAGUAUUUUGAGUAUGAGGAGCUGAAGGUGCUGCGGGAGAUAGUCCUGAAGGAGCAUGAGCUGGCCAAGGAAAGGUGGCAUGUGGAGAAGGCACAGGAUCUGCAGGAGGGACAGCCGGAGACCCACAGCUCAGUCAAGGACCUGCGGGACCUAGAUUGGGACCUCUGCAGUCUGACAGAGGCCCUUGAUGGACAGGAGGCUCAUGACAGUGAACUCGGCUCUCUUCCCCCUCCUCUUCCCCUCCCACCAGAGCAGCCUCCUCUUCCCCCAGACCACUACCUCACCCAGGACCCCUCCGCUACUAACCCCUGUCCAGACCUGCACUCCCUCCACCCUCAGACAUCCUGCCACACACUCCCACAUCACACACAGGACCCAGACAGUUAUAGCUUGCCUUACCCAGACUGCCAGACUGACCACUACCUCCUGCCAGACUACCAGGACCUCCAGUAUCACCAGGACCUCUCAUUUGACAGCCAGACUCACCACAUUCCAUCACAAGGCCACAGUUUGUCAUUGUCACCCUGCGCCGCCUCCUCCUCCUCCACUCCCACUCUGCCCACGGAUGUGCUGGUGGAGAUAUUCAGAUACCUGGUGCCUCCUGACCUUGGGAGAUGUGCUCAGGUGUGCUCUGCGUGGAAUAGUGCUGUCUUCUCCCCAACUCUGUGGCCGGCAAUCUUCCCUGUGCAAUGGGCUCGAGGCAUCUGGGAGUGGCACGAUGUGGGGCUGUGUGGGGUGCUGGAGGAUGAGGCAUUCCAGCAGCAGCAACAGGGUUGUGGCAGCAGGAAGUGGGACGAGGAUGCAGAUGUGGAUGAAACAGAAGAGGGAGAGGAGAGCACCGAGGCAGUGUGGGAGUGCAGGGUGAUGGAAAGCCUGGUGCAGUGGGUGUUGCCAAGGGUGGGAGUAGGUGUCAGCACCAUGGUGGUGGAUGUAGGGCAGGGCAUCACCUCCCGUCUCCUGCACCAAGCCCUCCUCCUGUGCCCCAACCUGACCUUCCUCUCUGCUGCCCAUUCAUCAGUGGACUCCUACACCUUCAAGGGGCUAUGGCUUCAAAGUGGCCUGCACAAGCUGCGUCACCUGGACCUCCAGGGGUGUGAGCUGGUGGACGACUCCACCCUGCAUAACCUGGCACUGUGUGUGGGCCAAAGCAGCGGCCAGAGCAGCAUGGCCCUGCCCACCCAGCCCUACCUGGAGGAGCUGGUGUACGAGGGCGACUGCUGCCGCUGUGGAUACUCAGGUCCAGCCUGGCCCAACAUGCCCUGCCAGGGGAGGAACAGAAACAACAGGAACCCACAGAGGCCUCUGGGUGUGCACCUGAAUUCACCCCAUGUAGACAUUGAGGAGAUCUACUGCCCCCGGGGUCCGGCAGGCUGGGAGGUGAUGAUGGGGGAUAAUAUGUGCAGGAGUUCCAUCCAGUCCUCCCACAGCCGGUCAUUGCUGGCGUCCCUCAACCUGUCUGGGUGUUGGCGCAUCAAGGACAAGGGGCUGCUGGCACUUGGAGCGGCUGGGGGACUGUUGGGCCUCACCUUCCUGGACGUGAGUGGGUGCUACCAGCUGACAGGACAGGGGCUGGAGGCUGUGGCUCGUGUGUGUCCGGCACUGCCUUCUGAGAAGCUGUGGUACUGCGACGACAUCUUGGAUGGCCCCUUCCCAACCAUGGCCAAUGGGUGUGCCAACCUGGCCAACCCAGUGAGGAUAUGUUGCCGCAGCGGCCAGUAGGACCACCUCAGGCCCUGCCACACACAGCACACCAGCAUGUUGCUUGUGGUUCCUGCCGGAACUGCUUGGGGCUGCUUUCUCUCUAGUUUUUGUGAAAAUGGGUGAAGGUUCAACCAUCACAGUCACUGCUUGGCUACAAGAAAAUAAGUCGCAAGGUGUGUGUGGUGUCCCUGUGUUCCUUGGAGCACGGUGUGGCCUAACAUCUGCAUCAUUGCUGGCCGGGCAGGUGGGUGUGCUGGAGGUUGAGGUACAACAGGAGUGAUUCAUCCCCAGUGUCUGACACGAGGAGCCAAACUUCCAUUGCAGCCUGAGUAGUGCAGGGGAACCAUUCCAUCACCCCAUCCACACACCAUCCUGCAUCACACAUCACAUCACAGUGUCCAAGUUGCUCUUCACUUUUCAUCUUUCAUGUGCAGAGAAUCCCAAAGUGUUUAAUAUGCUGAAGAGAGAAAAGAAGUUCCAGGACCUAUCAGCAACAGGUGUGUCAGUGACCAGACAGUUCCCACACUGCAGCACCUCAGAUACCACACCACUCUUUGUUUACAUGGAUUGGAUGGAUCACCACUGCUUCCAUCCAUCCUCUAAUCACCAGUCACGAACAUUCUCCUCCAAAUUAUAUUCAGCAACAUGUAUUUCACAAGUGAGUGAUUCUGCCUUACCUGUUUUUUGGUAUACAUCGAAUGUUGCCAAAUCACACCAGGCAUUCACAAUUCCUCAAUGCUGUGAAGAUGAAACUGAGGCAAGGCUUUCUUAGUAGCACUGGAGUAACACUUACCUGGAAGCAGCAGUGAGUAAGCAGCCUCCCAGCAGUGUCAUGUCAUUGUGGUGGGUGCUGGUGUGGUCAUGGGGUGCUGUAGGGACCAUAAUGCCAUCACACCACAGAUUUGUUUGAACACUCCACUAUGUAGCUUGUGUUGCCUCCUCCGUCUUUGCACAACCUCCUCCUGGUUGCCUUGCGUUGGAGUGCACCAGGUAGUGAGGAACUCUAGUGAAGCAACAGGUAUUGUUAGUCAUAACUACCAUUAGCUGAGUAGAUCAACACAUCAGUGCAACAAGACUACCUAAUUGACCCUCCAUAUCCAUAGCUUACUGUAAGGUCACCGAGGCACAUGUACCACUUCAGGACACCCAGAUAUUUACCUGCACAAAAAUCACACACACACACACACCACAAAAUUUUACAAUAUAUUAAAACAUUAAAGCUUUAUUGUAGUCCAUGAAAUAAACACACACUUUAUGACCAUAAAAAACAGCAACCAAAAGAUAAUCUUAAAAGAAAUCCCAAAAAUUAAAACACACUGCUUACUUUCCUUGCAUUUCUUUACCAAAAUAACUAACUUCAAAGAAUGAAAAAUUCUAAAACAUUAUGCAAUAAUUAAACUAUCACACACACACACACACACACACACACACACACACACACACACACACACACACACACACACACACACACACACACACACACACACACACACACACACACACACACACACACACACACACACACACACACACACACAGAGGCAUGUUCAGCAGUCCCUUGGUAGCCUGGAAUCCCUGACUCUUCAUAUUUAUCACUCUUCCAGUAAUUCUAGAAUAAGACUAGUACCCUCUUCCUGUCUGUCUGUCUACAUACCAAGCCGGCAGUCCAAUGUGGGGUAGCACAGACAAAGCACCUAAGCACCACACACUCCCUACUGUCUCUAACUUGUAGUAAUACUCAUACAUUAUUCUCCCAAGACCAUAAGUGUUGAUAAGCUUGCAGUGCUUUCCCUGUACAUAUAUUAGGACAGUGUGGGAAUCUGGGAUAAGUUUCCAGAAACUUUCAUAUUGUGUACUCCACGUCCCGUCUGAUGGUGAGCAUCUGUAGCUUAGAGGAAAAGGGAAUUGUACCUGCUCAAACUCAAAUGUUGGGAAGGUAAUAUGGUCAGGCCUCCCUUGGUCAGACUGAUGUGAGUGCCAAGGCACUGGUUCUGAGUGUUAUGAGAGAGAAACCCAACUCAACUUUUUAGAAACUGGAUGGUAAUGCAGAGUGCCGGUAAGUGUGUGUGUGUGUGUGUGUAUGACUGUUGACAUUAUCUUUGAGCCUCUUUUAGUAAAGUUUUAAAAGAAUUCAUUUGUUUAGUUUUACGUGGAAAAUUAGAUGAUCAUAUAUUUAUCAUAAACUUAAUGUAAAGAUUAAAAUCUUGUAAUGUGCCAAUUCAUUUUACUGUAAAGAUAAUAUCAUUGAUUAAAUUUCACUCCUAAUGCAAUAAUUAUAAAUAACUCAAGUCCAGUCUAUCAUGGAAACAUUUUAGAGUCACCAUAGAGUGAGUGGUCGUGGUCCCAGUCAGGCAGAGCACGGGAGUGCUGCAUCACCUUGCUGCACUGUGCUGCUCAGGCUGAAAGUCUCUGCUUGAAGGUUUUGUCACAAAUGUUGAACUGUUUGGUUGGUUGUGUAGAAGGCUUUGGCUCCUGUGAGCUAGCCGGCAUUGUAUAAAAACGUCAUAGUCAUCCCAUUGUUGUGUGUGCUAGGUUAAGGCAAGCCAUGCUUGGCGUCUGUUAACAAUUGGAAUGGUGUGACAUGUGAUCAAAUUGUACCUGAGAAACAAUGAGGAAUAUAUACAAAACUUUAGAGGAAAAAUAUUAUACUUUGAAAUCAGUCCUGUGUUUUGCACUUCAAAUUGUCUGCAUAUUCUCCAGUUAGUCUAGUUUAUGUCCCCCCUUGGUGUUGUGACUGCAGCAUUAUGGCCUGCCAGUCCAUGCCAUGACAUGAAGUGGUGCAUGAGCAGCCGUGUUCAGGGUCACCACCUCAUCACAUCCUCCACAGUAGCCAAGCAGUUCACUGACCCAACACAGCCACAGACACACUGCACCAGCAACACACCCACCACACCCACAGACACACUGCACCAAUACCACACCCCACCACAGCCACAGACACACUGCACUAACACCUCAGCCCACCACACUCUCUGACACACUGCACCAACACCACAGCCACCACAGCUACAGACACACUACACCAACACCACAGCCACCACAGCUGCAGACACACUGCACCAACACCACAGCUAAUUCUGUCAACUUUUAAAUUUGCUUAGUACCAUACCUCCCACCAAGUUUCACAGUAUCCAAGUUUUAUGAUUCUCGAGUUUCACAUGGUCUUACUGUACACAUAUUUUUAUUUCUUAUGUGGCUUCUAUACAAAGAGAGAUCUUUGAAAAGUCUUCUGUGUCACAAGCCAACCUGAGCAUCAGAUGAAAGUCAUGUGAAGGAGAAGCUUUGUGGCCCUCUGAGGCAGACUGGGCAAGGCAGCAGAUUCUCAUUAAUUAUUUCAUCCUUGUGUCAUACAAACAGGUUUAUUGGGUGUUAUUUGUUAUUUACUUUUACAGUUUUUUAUACAGCAAGAAGCUAUUUAACAUUCAUGCAGAAGAACAUCUUACAUGAUCAAAGCUGUCACUCAAGACACUGUUUUUCUAGUGUAUAUUUUGCACCUUUAUGUAAUCACCACAGUAUGCUUGAGGGACUCACUUACCUUGAAUCCAGGCUGGCAGAAAUCCCAUAGGAGUGGGUUGACUCGAGUUCCUGUAUUGACUAAGUAACCUUGUCAGUCUUCACCAUUAUUUCCUUCUUGGUUAUGUGCUGUUCCCCUCCAUCACAUGUAAACUGUACUAUUGGGAAGGCUGCACAUGUAAACUGUACUAUUGGGAAGACUAUGACCUGAUAUAACAAGUGCAUGAAAAAAAAUGAAAACAGGUAAACUAUUUUGACAGCAAUGAGGUGUUAAUCUCCAGGUAAAAAAAAAAAAAAAGAAACCCACAAAACACACACACACACACACACACACACACACACACACACACACACACACACACACACACACACACUCACACACUCACACUUUGUGUCUUCAUCACUCAGGCUUAUACCAGGUUAGAGUUUUCUGCUAAGCACAUCUCAUAUGAGCUGCAUCACGGGGUUCAACAUGAUGCAAACAUUACGUCAUACGUGUACUUAGGUAGAAAGUGAGAGGCAGUGUUGUUAUUUUUACAGUUAACUUCACCUAACUUUUUUACUUUUCUAUCUGAUAUUUUCUUAAGGCUGGAGUGCCUGUCUUAUCUUGUAGCAUGAAGUAGGAUUGUGAAGGUGUGGAUGAGGAUUAACACUUUCACUGCUAUCUGGCCUGUUUCCUUAGUCCUUAACCACUUGGGGACAUUUCUUCUACUUCUUCACCCAACUCCUAACAUUAUACUGGCUACAAACUGAAAAAUCAUCUUUUUUUAUCCCCUUCUUUCUUGUAAAUGCUUCUAGAGAUUUCACUGCUUGCUUUCAGUGCUGUGAAACAUUGCAUGUUGCAGUGAAAGAACUAAUAAGAUUUUGCAGCUGUUUGGGAUCUAGACCUUGCAUGCCUCUGCUUCACAUAAAUUCUGCCACCCCCCCAUCCCCCUUUCUCCCUGAACCCCUGGUGCUUAGUGGGUCACCUUGAUGGUCUUGCUUCAUGAGGUCUUCUGUCAGGGUCCAGGAAUCACACACACAACAUAGCAAAACAUUAUUCCAGAGAUAGUAGUUUGUAAUGGCUGGCACAUUUUCUCAAAUUAAGAUGUCCACAUAAGUGGAAAAAUUACAUGGCCCUCUCUGAAAUUAUUGUGCCCCUAUUGCAGAGAGAGAGAGUGCUUGAGCAAUGAAGUGGCAGGUAUAAGGAAGGCUUGCUGAGAGGCACCCAGAACUGGCCACUUCCACACUCACUUUUCUGCCAGUGUGGAGAUCUGAUUUCAUUUGCAGAUUUUGCAAACACAAAUGUCCUUGCAAACUUUUCCUGGUUUUUAUAGUAAAAGCUGCCAAUACUAUUGUAUAAAACAUAUUUUACUAUAAACAUGUAUUUUAUAUGCAGAUAUGUUCACAUUUCUAUUUGUAGAAUGGCAGGUCUUGAGGAGUUUGCAGAUUUGUGGAUGCAGAAAGUCUUGUUUUAGUUUGUGGAAGUAAAUUUUGGUUUACAGUGACCAUAUGUGAUUGGUGAGCAGCAGUGAGCAGCUCAGUAGUCUUGGUGCUUGGUGGGGUUAUUCUUUGCUGUAGUCUCUAGUAUGAUUUGCCUCUCAGCACACUUGUCAUACACUGAAGCACUCACAUCUCAACUUCCUCACAGCCUUCACAUGAUGCCCAAGGUGUUCAUGGAGGUAUUCACUUUAUAUUGCAACAUGUGGAAUAACUUAGUUUGCUUUCUCGAUGCAUAGUAUUAAUCAUUGAAUUUAUAUAUUCCCAAGAUUGUAAUAGAGGCUAGUCAUGUUGGCUUGGAGUCUGUGUUGUACUCUCCCUUGCUGCUGUAAUGAUUGAAUUAUCUCAGCCAAAUGCAAAUCAGGAUUCAGUUCCAGAUUGUAUUUUUAAUGUGUGUGUGUGUGUGUGCAGGAAAAUGUUCGUAUUUGGAGUUCAUUCUCAAUUGAUCUUUUAUCACAGCUUUUGUCUUUAUAAUGCUUUCUGUAUGUGAAGUGUUCCUUCACUAACUUUUUUUUUUUAUAAUGUCUUUUCUUCUUGUCAGUGAAACAUAAGCUUUGGGACACUUGACAGGCAUGCUUGUGUAUCUGCCAACAGACCUACAGCAGAUCAUAAACUUUAUGAAGACAGAUAUUUAUGUAGCAUUUAUAUAACCAUCCUUGUCUUUGAAACUCCAGGAUUUCCUUGUCAGUGAGGGAAAAGUUCUCACCACAGAAGAAACUGUGGUGGUGUCUUGAGCUGUGUGGCAUUGAUUUGUUUUCCUAAAUUUUCAAUAAGGUGACAAUGGAACUUUCUUAUGGUCUUCACUAUUAGUGUUUGGCAAGAUUUUAGCAUCCAUUGGUCAUCAGAUGUGUGGUCCCUUUGAGCUAAAUACUUUGCAACAUGCUGACCACUUGGUGCAGCAAUGGACAAGGGUGAUCAAGAAGCAGGCCUUUUAACAUCAUGGAAGGAAAGAUUCAGCAACUGUACUGUGCUGCUUCCUGACAGCUGGUGUGCCACCCUACUGAUGGCACUGCUGGGUCACACUUACCAGUCCAUGUAACAUCACUUGGCCACGUGUAAUAUUUUGGACGCCAGAUGUUUAGAUAAGUUUGUGUUUCCUUGCAUUCCAAAGCAUUUAAUGACAAUGCAAUCUCUCCAAAUUUCAUUAAAAUUAAAAUUUCAAUUAAGAUCCAUUUCCUUGAUUUCAGUGAUGUAACUGAUGCUUUGAGUUAAAAGUAAUUGUAUUUACUUCAGUUACUUGGUCAUUUGUCAAGCACAUCAGAUCAUACCAUGUGAACCGUCUGGGCAUGAGUGAUGGAAUGGUGCAUCACGUGAUCCUCCUCUUGGUGCUGUAUUGAUAAGCAUGUGCAAGGGUUCCUAAUGCUAUUAUAGUUUGUGUUGUUCAUGCAUUUUAUAGUUUAAGGUUUUGUUGUGCUUGUUGCGCCACACAACUACUCUCCAGGAGGAUACAGGUUGGCAAUGACACCCACCAUGUUUUCACUUUAAUAUUCUUUGUGGAAUUUCAUGACAAAAUGUUGUAAAGAUUGAUACUCUUUGUUGAAUUUCAUGACAAAAUGAUGUAAAGAUUGAUACUGUGGAAUUUCAUGACAAAAUGUUGUAAAGAUUGCCUACAUUGUAUGUCAUGUACACUGUUGCAUAGAGGUGAAACUUUGAGUCAUUGAAUUGCAUUAGGAUCUUGAACAAAGUCCUAACCAAAAGUACACAUGUAGUUUUGGUUGACAGAUUAUGUUGACGAUGAUGAAAAGGUGUUACAUAGCAUUGCUCACCCGGUCCAUUAACUUUUAGCCACAAAGUCUGGGUUGUCUAAUGUUUGUGUCAUGGCUGCCACUGAGCUUACAGACAUGCUAGUUCACCCUUGUUGGAUGGUGUGUCCACUGUGUCUGCUGUGUUACACCUUAAAGAGAUGACUACAGGUAAUUGUCCAAAACCAGUUGCUGCAGCUAUGUGAGACACCACUUAGAAAAGCAUCACCAGGAUAGACUGGUAUUCUGAGAUAGAUGGUAUACAGACAGCAUUGUCAGGGUUGUGGUAGACUUAACUGAUUGAAAAAUGGAUUAUUUCACUUGUUCAAGGGGUUUCUGCAGCAGCAGCCUGACAGCCGAUGAGGUUUAUCAAGGGUGUAUUGCUGCAGCACAAAGCCUUGCACUGAUUGAUGCAGGGAGAGGGCUGGCAACAGGCUUGCCUCCUCUCCUUAAAAUUCAUGAGAUGCAUCAACUGGUGAAGCAGGAGGGGGUACCACUGCAGUUAUCUAGCACUGUUUUUUUUCACCACUGCAUUAUUAAAUUUGUGAUUUGUGAUUUCAUUGAUAAAUUUC